GGAAGUGCACGGACCAGAUCUUGUCCCAAAGCGGAAAUCUCCAACUUUCCCCUUCGAGUUCCACGUCAAGGAUUCGGGAAGCGUGAAACAGUGAUUCAACCCCUCUUCAAAGGAUGCCAAGCAGGUCUCAAGUCUUUUCGCCUGACUGCACCUCUUCUGAUAUACAUCCACUCUCAAGACCAGUGGUGAGUUGAGCAUGGCAGCCAGUCAGUCCAGCUGGGCGCAACUCCGGCAGCAAGCACGAGCACAGGAGACUCAGACCGAGACUCUCUUCCACACCUACGCGCAAUAUGCUUCCAAAACCGACAUAGAACCGAAGCCAAGCGAAGAAGAGCAAAGAAUAGAAGGACAACUAAACGAGCUCCUCGAAAAGCGCUCCGCCCUCCUCCAACAACUCGCCCGCACCCUCGACUCCGAACCCACCCCCUCGGCCCUCAAAUCCACCAACCUCGCCCGCCACCGCGAAAUCCUAACCCAACACCGCACCGAGCUCGCCCGCCAAAAAGCACAAAUCGCCACCGCACGGGACCGCGCAAAUCUCCUGUCCAACGUCCGCAACGACAUCGACGCCUACCGCGCGCGCGAGAACCCCGAAGCCGCGGAGGCGGAGUACAUGCUCGACGAGCGGCGGCGGCUGGACCGCAGCCAUAACGUGGCGGACAGCGUGUUGAGCCAGGCGUACGCGGUGAAUGAGAGUUUUGGGCUGCAGAGGGAGAGUUUGGGGAGUAUUCAGCGGCGGAUUACGGGGGCUGCGGCGCAGAUUCCGGGGAUCAAUGGGUUGAUGCAGAGGAUUGGGAGUAAGAAGCGGAGGGACGGGAUUAUACUGGGCUCGCUGAUUGCCGUGUGCUUUUUGCUGGUGCUUUGGUUUUGGUGAGGAGGGAGGGUUCUUGGGAUGCAUGCGUGGUGUUGUUGGCGCUGGGAGGAGUGUCGCAUUUGAGCGGCUACAUAAGAUGGGUAU